GUUUGACGAAGCUCAAAAAAAGUCCGCGGGGAAGUUCCCUAGGAAAUCCCCUGUUCGGGGAUAUUAUUCUCGACACCGAUGCUCAUAAUCUUCGACACAAUUGACCUCCGCGGUCCAUUUCUAAAGACACAGGGCUAGAAGCAGAGGCGUCAAAUGCUGGAUUAUUAAAAGACUGAUCUGUCUGUUAAAUCUACAAAGCCUAACUAUGGAUAACGUCAGUUUAAAGUCGGAUAACGACCUGCUGAAGGACAAACUGCGGAGCUGCAGCACACUGAAUACUCUGCAUCAUGACACGCAGCAGGAAAUCGAGCUGCUCAACAAACAGGUUGAUGUUAAGGACAAUAUCAUCGUAGAUUUAAAAGCGAGGCUGUGCAGACAUGAGAGGAUCUACGUGACGGUGGGAGAUAACCAGUCUGUGGUCAUCGGGCCGUCCAAGUCUUUGGUGGAUGGCUUGUGUAAAGAAAUAUGCAAACUGAAACAGAAGAAGAACGAGAUGGAGUUAAAGGCAUCUCGACAGACUGAGGAGAUCCAGAGGCUGAAUGUGCAGCUCCGAGAGAAGGAGCUGGAGUUGGAGAGCGUCAGGUGUCAGCCGGAGCACGAGAAGGACCAGGAGAUCCACAGGCUGCGCUCAGCCCUGGAGGAGAGGGAGCGAACCGAGGCCACCAGAGCCGUACUCCGCACAUCCCUGGCGGAGGAGGCUGAUCAGAUGCGCAGCCAGCUUGAUGCAACGGUGAAGGUGUGCCAGGAGCUGCUGGCCAGGCUGGAGAAAGUUAAGAAGGGGGGAGGAGAAGUGGACGAUCAGCAAACGUCUCAUGAGACGACAGAGUCCUCUGACAUGAGUGGUGUUAACGCCCAAAUCUGUGAACUUCAGGAAGAGAAUCAACUGCUAAAGCAGCGAGUGGCAUAUGUACAAAAUCUGAAUACUCAGUGGCAGAAGUAUGACUCCAGCAGGGAGGACUAUAUCAGAGGUUUAUGUCAGAGGCUGAAGGAGACAUCUGGGCAGGGCUUGCUGCCUGGGCUUGGCUCUGUUGGCACCGCGUUGCUUCAUCAGGAAAUUUCCCGGCUCAACGGCACACUUAAGGAGAAGAUGAGCGAGUGUGCGCGGCUGAGUAGAGGAGCGGAGAAGACGAGGAGGCACGAUCAAGAGCGCAUCCAGACUCUGGAGCAUCAGGUCAUCCUCUACGAAGAGGACUUUAAGUCGGAGCGUGCUGACAGAGAGCGAGCUCAUGGCCAGAUCCAAGACCUGAAGGAGCAGGUUUAUCAGUUAAAACAGCAGCUGCACAAACAAGGGAGACGACAGCCUUUAAACGAGGGAACAAGCAGAGAGAACAGAGAAUCGGUUCCCAUGUGUCGUGUGCACAUAGGACACAUGAUCUCCUCAAGGCGACACAAGGACUCAUCAGAGCCUCUAUUGAGGACCGCCGCAGCUGCAGCCGCAACACCGAGCCCCGCGUGGAGCGAAUGCCCGGCCCAGUCGGAGCUACAGUGCCCGUACUGCUUCGUCACGUACAGCGAGAGGGAGACUACAGAGUACCUGAACCAUUGUGAAGAGUGCGUCAAACUGUAAACGGAACAACACUCAUUUGGGAAAAGACACUUAUCUCUUGCUGACAGUAACUCAACACUGAAGAGCAGCACUACACGGCAGAAAAUAACCGGAGUGGAGUUUCAAAUUCGGAGAGACUUGACUACAAAUGACUGACUUGAGAUGUUUGUACAUUGUGAAGCAAAACCGUACAACCCAAACUUCCCCUCAGUCUGCAUAAUCAACAGUGUCCGGUUCUUAGUGUUCUCCUGCGGCAAUGCAGGAGAUUAUUGUGGUGGGAAAGUGAAAGCCAAUGCAAUAUAUCAAAUAUCAUAUACCUCAAUGUGUCAAAUUACAAACCAGUUGCACUUUCUUGACAUUUUAGUUAAAAAAACUGAAUCAUACGAUUAAGAGUUUCAUGACGCAUAAGCUUCUUGUUUUGGAUAAUGUGGUGCUAUUAGUUGUUUAUUUUUGAUUGAUAUCAAUACAUAACAUAUUUCUGUACUGUAAAUGAUAUAUUCGUAAUAACAGAUUUAAAAUAUAUAACUAUUAUAUUAAUAUUUAUUCUCUUUUGCAUAGAUAAUUAGGAAAAGGCAAAGCAUUUUAGUACAAUGUUUUCCACCAAAGCCAUGAAAUCUUUUUUUCCUAGUCAUUUUGGGAUCACAGAUGUUAAAUACAUUACAACUGGAGAGAAAUGUUUGAUCCUCUUUUAUUUUUAUUUUGUAACUGUAAAGAUUUGCAUCCCAACUGACAAUAAUAUGCUUAUUUUUGGAGAUCUUGUGCUGUUUUUUUCUUGAGCUGGCACAUUAUUUUUGUAAUAAAAGACUGUUUAACCACA